AGAUAGAUGGCGCUGUUUACAUGCGUACAUGUACAUAAUCAAUCAUUUACAGAAGCUUUAGAUUCGUACCGACUGAAACCUUUUAAAAUCUUUCUUUCAUAUGAUUUUCAACGUUGUGGAGAAAAGUUUAUGAGGAAGUCACUGCCGGGAAAAAUCAAAACUCCUCCUUCAAAAAAAGUCCCACAGAGAGUCGUGACGUUUUCACUCGUCUGUACUGAGCCUCAGACGUGCCACACAAGGUUUGGCCAUUGUUACCUGGAGGUUUAAGUCCAUCGCUUCCAUCUUCAGCAUGACUCUGACAGUGUCUCGGGGUGAAGGACUUACGGUCAUCACCGUCGCCUCAAACCCAAAGAGCAAAUGGCCCGUACUGUGUCAGAUUCUGGGUUUUCUGUGCUACAGUCCAGUGUGCUCUGUAUCUCAGGGUAUGAAAGGGAAGCUGAAGGAUGUCCACACAGCUUUUGGAAUUGUGCAGAUGAUAAUUGGUGUCCUCAAUAUUGUUGUGGGGAUUGUGUUUACAAGCCUCGGAUCGUGGUUUAUCAUGUAUAGAAUAGCCCAUGGACCCUUUUGGAUUGGUAGUGUGUUCCUUGUAGUUGGAAUCAUGUGUGUUCUCACAGCGAAGUUUCCCACUUCUUGUCUGCUGACAAUUGGGAUCAUUCUGAAUGUAAUCAGUGCUGGAUUGGCUAUCACAGCUAUUGUACUGUAUUCAGUGGACCUUGCAAAUGAUCAUACAAAUGAAAACUGUGAAAGCCGCAGUUACUAUUAUUCACGUUAUGAUGGCUAUGGUUAUGAUACAACGCCUUCCCCUGAAGAUAGUAGGAGAACAGAGAUGUGUCUGUACUACAAGAAUAUCAAUGAGAUUAUCUUCAGAGGACUAGAUAUCAUGAUGAUAGUGCUGUCGGUCCUUCAGCUCUGUGUGACCAUCAGUUUCUCUGUUUUGACUGGGAAAGCUUUGUGCAAGAAGGAUGAAGAUGUAAAGUCGGUGGAGGAUCCAGAACUUCACAAGCCGCUCCUGGAAGACGCCACUGCUGCUGCUGUGUGACAAGAUGAACACACAAAUAAUCAAACUUGCUCUUUGUGCUUGUAAUGCAGUGGCAUUUUGUGUCUCAAUAUUGUAGUGAAAUGAUUUAAAGCACAUCUCCUCCAUCCGUAACACUGUUAAAUUACAUGUUUAUUUACACUUGUUUUUUCCUUUUACAAAAGUGUCAUCAUUGAUCUUUCUCUCUCUUCAUGUAGAUUAGUGGGUGUUACCUUUUAUUGCCUUUUUUAAUUUUGUUGUAAUUUUUGGGGCUGAUUAUUUAAAAAUAAAUGACUGUAGCACUUUGGCAUCAACCCUU